AUGAGAACAGCAGACGGCAAGCCAGCAGAAAAGCGACCAGCAGGCAAAGCACCAGCCAAAGGUCUUGGAUCGUCCGAGAAGAAGAAGUCUAAACCUUCCCAUGCCCAUAAGAACCACUACAAUUUUAGGUCCUCAGUCAAGCGUAUGCUUAAGAGUACCUACCAAGCCUCUCCUCCACAGGUUUCUGGUCCCGUUGUAGAAAGCCUGUGUAAUAUAGUUCAUGACGUCAUUGAGAGACUCUCCCUGGAGUGUGCGACUUUAGCCCGAAAAGUUGGUAAGCAAACGAUCAACCUAGAGGAAGUAACCUCAGCGGCCCAAGUUAACUUGACAGGUGAACUGCGUACCCAUGCCCUGAAGGAGAUUAAGGAAGCCGUAGCCAAAGUACCUACUAAGGCCUCUAAGUAA